AUGUCACACAUAGAGUUGCGGCAUUUGAAAACCCUGGUGGCGUUACGUGAUACCGGGAGCCUGGUGGAAGCGGCUGAACGCGUCUUUCUGACUCAGUCUGCGCUUUCCCACCAGCUCAAGGAGCUUGAAUCGCGAAUUGGCUGCACCCUGUUUGUGCGUAAAACUAAACCCGUUCGAUUCACCAGUGCCGGUACGCGUCUGCUUAAACUUGCGGAUGAGGUAUUGCCUCGAGUGCACGGCACCGAACGGGAUCUGCAGCGUCUGGCCGGAGGCGAAUCCGGUCGUAUUUUCAUGGCGAUUGAAUGUCACAGUUGUUUUGAAUGGCUGCUGCCCGCUAUUGACGUCUACCGCGACCAAUGGCCCGACGUUGAACUUGAUAUCUCCAGUGGAUUCCACUUUGCGCCUUUGCCGGCCCUGGGUCGCGGCGAUCUCGAUCUGGUUAUUACAGCGGACCCGGUGCCUGAGCUCGGCGUGCACUAUUUUCCGCUGUUCAGCUAUGAAGCGCAGUUGGCGAUGAGCAAAGAUCAUGUGCUACGGGCUAAAGAUUGGAUUGAACCUGCAGAUCUCGCCGACGAGGUUGUCAUCACCUAUCCUGUGGACACCGACAGACUUGACCUGUUCACCAGUUUUCUUGAUGUUGCUGGUGUAACUCCCAAGCGUGUCCGCCAUGCAGAAUUAACCACGAUGAUCGCUCAACUGGUUGCCAGUGGUCGUGGCGUGGCUUGUUUACCCAAUUGGGCGCUGUAUGAAUAUACGCAGAAGGAUUACCUCGUCGUGCGUUCGCUGGGAGAAGAGGGCAUCUGGCCAACUUUGUACGCUGCGGUACGAAAAGAUCAGGCUCAGGCACCCUUUAUUCAAGGCUUUGUAGAAAUCGCUCGUGCGGUUUGCUUUGAGAAUCUGCAGGGUAUUGUGACUGCAGAGCUGGAUGAGUUGCCCGAGAGCUGA